AUGAUGGUUCUCAGGCUGCCUAUUCACGUUCGGCUGCUCGAAAAGGAUUUGGAGCAGCCUCUCUGUGUACAGUCUGUCACACUCCGAAGUGCGCGACGAAGCACCCCCAACGAGCAGUACAAGCGACUUGGACAAGAAGAGCUAGGGACCGGCCACAGAAAACCAGGAACAGAACCAGGAAACGAAGAGGAUUCUCUUGGAGGCCGCUCCUGGUUAUUCCAGCACGGUCACAGGGGCUUUCGACACUGGAAGAGACAAGAAAGAUUGGGAGAACCUUCCAUGAACGACUCUCGCAAUGAGAAUGUGUCUUCUGACGAGGCAGAGCAGACCCCUUCGGAUUUGCCUGUAAGACAUGAUGAUAUGGGACCAAGAGAAGCGAUGACCGAUGGGAAGCAGGCGAGAACGAAGAAAACAGGGACACCGUUUUCUUUUGUUUCGAGACAUGACAAGAAUCAGUCCAAACAGCCCAUCACUCACGUCAUUCAGGAGCAACCUAUCCUGAAAUCGAAGCUGCCGCUUGCUCGAGCAAGGCCCACGUCAAGCCAGCCAGCUGGCCAGCCACUCGGUCACCCAGUGUCCAGCGCAGCAGCAAGAUCCACAUCGUCCACCAACCAAAUUCGCCAUGGCGCCGCCGUUAUCCCAUAUUCGACUACCCUGCAACCACCUUUCGAGCAUUCGGUACCUUUCCUCCGAGGAACUAUCGACUGUGUUGCGCGCUUCGGACAACGUGUCUGCAAUGGCUAG